CACACUGAAUGCAUGGAGAAUAACAGGAACGUGACUGAGUUCAUUUUAAUUGGUCUCACACAGAACCCAGGAGUGCAGAAAGCAGUGUUUGUGGUCUUUCUGAUUCUGUACAUGGUAACACUCACUGUCAACCUGCUUAUUGUGGUGGCCAUUGUCAUCAGCCAGACUCUGAGCACACCCAUGUAUUUCUUCCUCAGUCACCUUUCCUUGAUAGACACAAUUUAUUCCUCUUCCUCAGCUCCAAAGCUGAUUGUAGACUCCUUGCAUGAGAAGAAAGUCAUCUCCUUUAAUGGGUGCAUGGCUCAGGUGUAUACAGAACACAUUUUUGGUGCUACUGAGAUCAUCCUGCUGAUGGCGAUGGCCUAUGACCGCUAUGUGGCCAUCUGUAAACCUCUGCACUACGUGAGCAUCAUGAGUCGCAAGGUGUGCAUUCUCCUUGUGGGGGUGGCCUGGGCUGGAGGAUUUCUGCAUGCUACUGUUCAGAUUCUCUUUACUGUGUGGCUUCCCUUCUGUGGCCCAAAUAUCAUAGACCACUUUAUGUGUGACUUAUACCCUUUGUUGAAACUCGUCUGCAUGGACACUCACACUGUUGGUCUGUUUGUUGCUGCCAACAGUGGGUUCAUCUGCCUGUUGGUCUUCAUCCUCCUGAUGGUGUUCUAUGUGAUCAUCUUGUGUUCCCUAAGAAACUAUAGCUUAGAUGGGAGGAAGAAAGCCCUCUCCACCUGUGUAUCCCAUAUUACAGUGGUUGUUAUAUCCUUCAUGCCUUGCACAUUUGUGUAUCUGCGCCCAAUGACCACUUUACCAAUUGAUAAAGCUGUUGCUGUUUUUUAUACCAUGGUGACACCUAUGUUAAACCCUUUAAUAUACACUCUCAGAAAUGCUGAGGUAAAGAAUGCAUUAUGGAAACUCUGGAGGAGAAAAGUGACUUCAGAUAGGAGAUGA